AUGGCAACAUUGGUCAAUCUUAGCUCGAGUUAUCAGUUCCUUGCCAUCCUUUUGUUUUCUGCCUUUUUUGUGUGUUUUUCUGAUGCAUCGAGUCAAAAAUCAUCCAUAAAUGUGCCCGAGCUUUUACAGUUCUUGAAAACCGGCGACUAUGUAAGGGUUAAAGAUAGAUGCACUGCCGCAAUUAAAAACGGAGAAAACUUAGAGACGGCCUAUUAUUAUCGGGCUCUUGCCUCUCAAGCAUUAUUUGACUUUGAAGAUGCUUUGAACGAUUUUACAUCAGCCAUUAAAUCCAGUGAAAGCAAAAGCUUUACUCAGGGCUACUCUUCCAGAGGAAGCUUAUUGUUAAAACUAGGAAAAUAUGAUGAAUCUAUUGAAGAUUUUCGCCGAGUCGAUACACCUGAGAGUCAGAGCCUCAUAGCUAGCGCUAAAGAGGCUCUUUCAACCCUUAAAAAGGCCGAUCUUUUUAUUGAGAUAAAUGAAUUUAGCGAGGCUAUUUCCCUGAUACAUGAAUUGAGGCAUAUUUCUCCCUACUCCUCUUAUUUGAGACAAAAAAGGGCUUUUUUUUCUAUCUAUCUGCAGGACUAUGAGACUGCCGGUAGCGAGUUUGUUCAGGCUUUCAACCUUGGGCGCAACGUUUCAUAUUUAUAUCUUGCUGCACGUUCUAAUCUUGCAGCUGGAUCUUUAGAAAAGGGAUUCUCUUCAGUUCAGGCAUGUCUAAGGUCUGAUCCAGAUAAUCCCAAGUGCUUGGCUUUGUUCAGAUUUAUGAGGAAUUUUGAUAAGCAAUACAACAGUACAAUAGCGAAAUCCAGUCAAAAGAUACCUAAGCUUUUGGAACUUUGGGGGGAAACUGACAAUUUUAACCCCAAAUUGCAUAUGGAGGAGUAUCCAUUGACCAUUGGUUAUAAAGUCCUUGUGGCAACUGCACUGGCUGAAGCGUAUCUGGGGGCCUCUGAUUUUGGUGAUUCCAUAAAGUGGGCUGAAAUUGGUCUUCAAAUUCAGGACACAAACGCGAAACUAUUAAAGUGCGCCAUUGAGGCUUAUUUUGAAAAUGAGGACUAUGAAAAAGCUGCCAGUGCGUAUGAAAAGUUUUCCGGAUUUUACCCGGAGCAUCCUGACUUGGAAUCUCUCAAGAAAAAAACCGUCGAGCCAAAGGAAAAUAGCAAGGACUACUAUCAAGUUCUCGGGGUCCCUCGAUCUGCGUCCGUUUCAGAUAUCAAGAAGGCAUAUCGAAAACUGGCUACCAAAUAUCAUCCAGACCGAAAUCACAAUAGCGUCAAGGCCACAAAGAAAUUCCAAGAACUCAACCAAGCAUAUCAAGUUCUUUCUGAUCCUGCCGAAAAGAGAAAGUAUGAUCAAUAUGGUUACGAUGUUAAUAAUCCAAGCCAAAAUCCCCAGUUUCAUAGCAGGGAUAGCCAGAAUUUUGAUUUUAAAGAUAUCUUCAACUUUUUUGGGGGCGGUGGAGGCUUUGAGUUCCACUUUGAUGUCUAA